AUAGAAUCGCAGCAUCUCUCAGACCAAGUAUCAGCCUUGCGUUAUCUGCGGUAACAGCGGCAGGAAGAGCGGCAGUGCGAGGAUUACCGCGAUUUUUGAAAAUCCACACGAGCGCGGAGGAUAUUCGGUGGAGAAUUUGGUCCUUGAAGACUGCCAGGAUCUGCCUGUGACGUUUGUUGGAGUAGUUCGCGAUUUUACAAAAGUGUUGUGUUUGGUUUUUUGUGUAUAUUUUUUUAAUACUGUGGAAACGAGUGAGAAAAGUUCUUGUGAAGAUUAUUCGUUGACAGUUCUGUGAUGCCCUCUGAUAAAGGAACUCCAAUGAAGUCUCUGGGAAACCAGGAUGUUAAAUAGAAGAUUUCAGUGGAAGAUUUUUGCGCUCAGUUUGCCAGUUCUGGUUAUCUUGCUGUCCAACAGUGUUGUUUUCGGCGUCAUCUCCAUAGGCACCGAAAUAUUCUGCAGUCGGAUACCCGGCCUCACGUCAAGACAGAGGGAUAUGUGCAAAGCUUUUCCGGAUGCGAUGGUCGCAGUAGGCGAUGGAAUUCGACUGGCAACAAAUGAAUGUCGAUACCAGUUUAGGCACAACCGAUGGAACUGUUCAGGAAUCGAAAACCCUACAUCGUUCGGGCAUGUUGUCAUAGUUGGUUCUAGAGAAGCUGCAUUUACGUACGCCAUAUCCAGUGCUGGGGUGGCUUACGCUGUAACAGCGGCAUGUGCACGUGGAAACAUCACCGCUUGCGGCUGUGCACCAGGUCCCAAGCCGAGAGAACCAACCCCAUCUGGAUGGAAAUGGGGUGGAUGUAGUGUAGACAUAAAUUUCGGAAUGAAAUUUGCAAGGAAAUUCAUGGAUGCCAGGGAGCUCGAAGGUGAUGAGAGGAGCUUGAUGAAUCUCCAUAAUAAUAAGGCAGGAAGAAAGGCAGUGAAGCAGAACCUAAUAACAGACUGCAAGUGUCAUGGGGUGUCAGGAAGUUGCACGAUGAAAACCUGCUGGAAGACCCUACCCUCAUUCAGGGAGAUAGGCGAUCACUUGAUGAAGAAGUAUUACAGAGCGAGGCCAGUAGCAUCAGCAAUCUCUAGUACGAGUCAGCGAGGGAUCGAAAGAGCUAGGACGAAACGAAAAAUUCACUUGGUACUUAAGAAGGGGAAAACUCCGAUCAAGAAGCUCCCUAAAAAGUCGGAUUUGGUAUUUCUGCAGAUGUCGCCAAAUUAUUGCGAGAGGGACUUGGCUUCUGGAUCGCUGGGGACAGUUGGUAGAUCUUGCAAUAGGACUUCAAGAGGGACCGACGGAUGUGACCUCAUGUGCUGCGGAAGAGGGUACAACACUCACCAAUACACAAGAAGUUGGCAGUGUAGAUGCAAAUUUCACUGGUGUUGCUAUGUGAACUGUGAUACAUGUAGUGAAAGGACGGAAGAGUACACCUGCAAAUAACACGAAUACAUCAUUUUUCGAACUAAACCAACAGACGGAUUGUUAUGAUCAAGAACUAUUUUUUUUAAGCUUCUUAACAUUCCAGAGGUUUUCUUCAUCUAGUUACCAUGAAAGUUUUGUAAUCGCCCAUUUUGUAAAUAUUAUUUAAGUAGUUAGGUAUUUAUAGAUAAACACCACGAUUUUGUAAUUCAUGUGAAUAAUUCCUUAAAUUAUAUUAUUUAAUGACAUCACGCUAUCUAUCAAGUAGUAGUAAGUUUUUGAGAAUUUUUAAUAUGAAUAAAUCUCUUUAGAUUUUA